AUGUUUAGCUACUCUUCACCAAAUUUGCCAGAAUCUCUCCAUAAUUCACAUUUUUUAUUACUAACUCUAACUGCUCCACCUUCAAAUUUGAACCCUGAAUACUUUAGCUCUUUGAUGAAUCAGUAAUUGCAAUUUUUGAUAUCUAAGGUAUGGGCCAGUCCUCUAAGUUAAAAUUUUGAAUCGAUCAUUAAUGGAAUGCAGAGUGUUAGUUGAGAUGGCUAAUACAGAUGCAGCUAAAAAUGCAAAAAAGGCUUUAGAUCAGCUAUCAUCAAACUUUAUAAAGUGCUCCUACUAUUAAGAAGAUAAAUUACAAGGUUCGUUUACAGUUGGAUCCUUUGAGACUAUUGAGGAUACCACAUCCAGCACGUUCAAAAAUAGACAUUCUACUUCAUUGAAUGAAAGUAAUUUUUAAAGUUAUAUGAAUUGUAGUCAUAAAUGAUGCUGAUUCAAAACCUUAAAGCGCAACUGUACUGCCAAUUAGCUAAAAACUUAUUCCCUCUUCAAAAAACAUUUAAUCAACAAAAACAGUCUGUUUGAAUGGCAUUUAAGGCAAAGACUUGGAUGCACUAAAAAUUUACAAUAUCUUUAGCAAUUUCGGUAACAUAGAUAAAAUUAUAUUAAUUAAGUAAUAUAUUUUUAUAACUCAUCUAUAGUCUGAAGAAUUUUGCUUUGGUGAAAUAUUUGAAAGAAGAUUAGGCUUAUUUCGUUUAUUAACAUUGCCAAAAUAUCCAGUUUUUCGAAAGCAACUUAUCGAUCACAUUCGCAGCUGAUGAUUCUAUUGAGAAACUAGUAGGUUUAGACACCCUUUAUAGAGAACAAGACUAUUAUAUAGGCUCUGAAGAUACAGAUAGGUAUUCAUAUUUUUAAAUCUAGAUUUAAUGCAAAUAAUAAAAUGAUAUUAUUACCUCCAAGUUAAGUUCUUCAUAUCUCAAAUCUUAAAAAGGUUUCCUCUAAUGCAGAAACAAUGUGGGAUAUCUUCUCUGAAUAUGGAGUAGUGGAAGUAUUGCUUUUAUUAAUUUAGGCUGUUAAAGUAUUGAAUUCUUAGUUUAAAUUUAUGUGUUUAGUCAAGAUGGAAAGCUUGAAAUAAGCUUUAGAAGUUAUGGCUUUAAUGCACAAUGAAGAAGUUGAUGGAAGAAAUAUUUAGAUCUCAUUUACGAAAGCAAAGAUAUGA